CGGAUGCUGCACAACAGGAAGUGCUUGCUCGUUCCCUGGAAAUAGGAGUCCUUUCUUUUCUAGGCUGUCAGUCAUUGAAGUGAAGCAGAGUAAAAUUACAUACUUGGGGGUAAUAAAAAUGCUUUCUUUGGACUUUCUGGACGAUGUUCGGCGGAUGAAUAAGCGCCAGCUGUACUACCAAGUGCUGAAUUUCGGCAUGAUUGUUUCUUCAGCCUUGAUGAUUUGGAAAGGCCUAAUGGUUGUGACUGGAAGCGAAAGCCCAAUUGUAGUUGUUCUCAGUGGCAGUAUGGAGCCUGCAUUUCACAGAGGAGACCUACUGUUCCUUACAAAUCGAGUAGAAGAUCCGAUUAGAGUGGGAGAAAUUGUUGUGUUCAGAAUUGAGGGAAGAGAAAUCCCCAUUGUGCACAGAGUGCUCAAAAUCCAUGAGAAAGAAAAUGGAGACAUCAAGUUCUUGACAAAAGGUGAUAACAACUCAGUAGAUGACAGAGGUCUGUACAAGAGGGGGCAGCACUGGCUGGAAAAAAAGGAUGUGGUGGGCAGAGCAAGAGGGUUUGUGCCUUACAUCGGAAUUGUUACAAUACUGAUGAAUGACUACCCGAAAUUUAAGUAUGCUGUUCUCUGCCUGUUGGGGCUCUUUGUUUUGGUACACAGAGAGUAAGCCUUCUCCACUGGUACCUACAGGACAAAGCAAAUCAUGAAGCAAACCCCCUCCCAAAAUAGAUUUGUGUGUUUCUACUUUUUUUGCUGAGCUUUCAUCAUAUGUUCAGAUCACAUUUGUUUCAACAGUCUAUAAUUUUGUAUGGAAUAAAAGUAAAAAUCCAAA